AUGGAUGUGUUUCUCUUGGUUCUCAUACUGACCAUCUUCGGCUUAGCGAUUGUCACGAACACACGCCUUUUGCUCCACUACCAGCAGCCCGAGGAUUCCGGCUUCGCGACGAGCCCACUAUGCAAGGUGGUGAUCGUGACCAGCCUGACCUUAGCCUGGAUGGUGAACCUCCUGCUGCCCAUCGAUGUGCGGAACUCCAGGCCUGUGCCCGGAUUUCUGGACAUGCAGACAUUGUGGAUGGCGGCAUUUAUCACAGUGCUCGUCUUCCUAGUCUUGAUCGUUCCAGCGGCCAUGUUUUACUACGAGGUGGAAGGCGACGACUUUGUGAAGAGGAAGAGGAGCUAUGUCCUGCGCUCGCUGUUCCUAUCUUUUGUCUUUUCGGCAGCAUUCCUUGGCAUCAGCUUCCCCUUCCUGUCCAAGGCAUCAAUCCCGAUAGUCGAGUACACCUGUGAGGAUUGGGAUCGAGGGGAUGCGACCUUACAGCUCGGAAAGAUUUGUGGCAAAGGGCAGAGCAAGGAGAUUGAGAUCCAGGCGACUUGUUGA